GAUGGUUGUUUUCGUUCUUAUGUACAGAUUUGCCUGGCAGGUCGUGUGGAAACAUGAAAGUUCGGACACGCUUGUACCAAACAAGACCCAUCGAGUGUCCGGACCUUUUUCCACAUCACCUGCCUGAGUACCCUCCCGCAGUUAAAACAUGUGCCGGUGUGACCAUUGCUGCGGCCUUGAUUGCGUGACUGGCUAGCCCAAUGUUGACAUUGUGCCUUGUUUGCCCCCUUUUGGCCCUUUAAGACCGUUCACGCCCAACCACGUUGCUGGAGACGCUGUGACAGCGAGGCGAAACAGAGACAUUCCAGCGGUUCCUGACCUGGCAAAUCCGCACAGACAGCACAGACGGGAGCCCCCUGAGCGGCCCGGAAUUCAGGGAACAACAAGGCAAAAAUAGGGGCGAGCAUCAUCAGGGCAAUUUAGCGUGGUGUAGUGUACCUUGCCAUACAUUCCAGGGCGUAGAGGUACAUGCCAUCGAACAUCUUUAGAGCGACGCCGGUCCCCCCUAAAGUGGGUCAGCUAGAAGAUCUCGUGGAUCCUGUCAUCUGGGGGAGAGGUCUUAACUAGAGUGCGCCUUGUCACUGGAUCGGGCUCCCUUGACCAGGCCGUAACAAGCCGUUGUUCUCUUUAUUCGCGUCACAUUCAGGUUUCUUUUUCCCUACCUCUUCUUCUUGUUGCGCUUAGAGACUUUGCGAUGCGAAUAUCAGGAAGCGAUCACUGCUAGAACUAGAGACGGGAUCGCACCACGAACGAGCGACAUCGGGCGACACAGAUACCAUACCUGGUAGCGUAAACAGAACAGCAGCAGCAGUAUGGCAGCCGACUUACUACUUCGAGCCGUACUUCGGCGCAAAGUCGAGUUUCUUCGCCAUGUCCGCCAGCGCCGGGCGCAAUACUCAACCAAACCUCCCACGGCCGGCGAGCAGAUUCCGACACCGGGCAAUGUCCCUAACCUUCCCUUCUGGCAGCGGCUCGGGCCUUUGACAAGGGCAGCCUUCGCAUAUGCGCGCGCCCAGCGCAAGAGACCAUACACCACCCAGGUGGCCACGUCGCUGGUCAUCUACUUCUUUUCUGAUAUUUCGGCGCAAAGGAUGGGCGGGAAGGACUAUGAUCCCAAGCGGACGGUGCGGUCGCUGAUUAUCGGGUCGAUAUCGUCGAUUCCCAGUUUCAGAUGGACAUUGUGGUUGUCCAGCAACUUCAAUUACUCGUCGCGCAUCCUCUCGCUGGGCACCAAGGUGGUGGUCAACCAGCUCUGCUUCACCCCGAUCUUCAACUCGUACUUCUUCGGCAUGCAGGCCUUUCUUGCGGGCGAGAGCUGGAAGGAUAUCGUGGAGCGCAUCCGGGUCACGGUCCCCGUGAGCUUUGUCAACUCGUGCAAGCUCUGGCCGGCCGUGACGGCAUUCAGCUUCACGUUCAUCCCGAUGGAGUACCGGUCGCUGUUUGCGGGUGUGGUCGCGGUUGGGUGGCAGACGUAUCUGAGUUUCUUGAAUCGGAGGGCCGAGGAUGGGAAGGCGAUCGAACAAGCGGCGCCGGCGCUGGCGGCAAAAGCAAUGGAAGCGGAACCCACCCAGUUGAAGGCGCGACAGGUAGAGCUCUCGACGCGACCAGAGAUGGCGAUGGCGGCUGCGAAUUAGCGAAUACGGGCCGCGAUAAGAGGAGGGUAGGGAGCAUUUUCACCGGGGAACCAAAGGAAAGGUGGUUAUUUUUGCCAAUUUUGGGGUUGCAUAUUAGUUGUAGACAUCUGGCAUUGCAUGGGUCGGCGUUCUUGGGGCAGUUUUUGUUGGUUGCAUCGACAUUAUAGAG